UCACAAAGGUGGGUCUUUGCGACAUGGUAACUGAGAAGGAAGCAGGAAGUUUGUCUGAAAAGAUGAUGACAUUUAAGAAGCAGGAAGUGCACUGAGAACUUUUUGCUGGACUCGCUGGGACAGCAAAGUGCAUGAAGGUCCGGCAGUUAAAAGUCGAACGAAGAUUGAUAGCCCUGUGGGACAGAUCAUGGCAGCAGCCGCAGAGGAAGACCGAGUGAAGGAGCACCGAGUCAGGACCCUUCAGAGUGAUGUGGAAGGAGUGAAGACCAUCAUGUCUGAGAAUGUCGACCGCAUCCUGGCUCGCGGAGAGAAGUUGGACGACCUGAUGAACAAGACCGAGGAUUUACAAGCCAGUUCAGAACACUUCAAAACCACCUCCCAGAAAGUGGCAAGGAAGUACUGGUGGAAGAAUACAAAAAUGAUCAUCUUACUAGUCGUUGUUGUUCUCAUUAUCCUGAUUCUGAUCAUCCUUUUUGCAACAAAAGUCAUUCCAACCUAACAGCAAGAGCCUUUGUACACUUCACCAUGGUCUUAGUUUGUUGUGUAACAAAGAUUUUUAUUCUUUCUGGCCAGUUUAUGCCCUGCUGUCAUGAUGGAAAUGCGCUCUUGGUUUUACUGUUGAUUUUGUACUGUAUAUUUUUUCAGAGCCACCCCCUUGCUGUACACAACCCUGCAAAAUCCCUUGUAAAAAACUUACUGGUGUAAAUGUUGACUCAAUAAAAUAUUAGGUAAAGGGCUGGAAACGUAA